GUCACUUCCGUAAUAAACACUCGUAUCGUGGGGCACAGUUUGCGAACAACUAAAGGCUGGAGGACCGAUAAAACAUAAUGUUCUCUUGCUGAAUUUUGAGGGGUAAAUCGGAAACUUCAAAACAAUAGUAAUUAAAUGAACGACACGUGUUAGAAAGACGUUUUAAGACGCGUUAUGCGGCUAGAAAAAUCGGGAGAUCAUCACUGAACUGUUCUGCUCCUGUGUGUCUGAUCGGCUGCUUUACACUGGAGUGGUCCAAGAUGAGUAAGGACAUUGCGAUUCACAGCUGGCCCAGCUCGUAUUACCUGAACACUGAGAAGCGAUGGGAAAGUGGUAUAUUAUCACUCACGAGGACCAUGGUACGUUUCAUCUCUAACCAGAGUAAAGAAAGCCUUGCCAGCUUUCAACUCUCCAGAAUCAUGGAAAUCAAAAUGGAGACUUCUAGUUUCAUCUUCAGCACCCUGACCAUACUCGAGGAGGGCAACGUGAAGCACUGGUUUGGCUCGCUUAAACCGAACAGGCUGGUAGUGUACAAUGUUUUGGAGCAUUUUUGGAGAGAGCGGUUGCUUUCGUCCAACACUGAUACACGAGGAGCAGAGAGCCAGCCAUCUAAAGGGAGACAGCUGAUUAAUCUAAUGGCGGGGGCCCAGAGAAGGCUGGAGGACACUGGUAGGGUUCUUAGUCAUCAGGGGGAACAGUUCGAUAACAUGAUGCAGGGACUGGAGAAGAUGGACUCCGACCUGGAUGUGGCUGAUAAACUUCUGUCUGAGCUGGAGUCCCCGUCAUGGUGGCCUUUUGGGAAACUCCCCUGGAAGCUUCAGCAGGAGGCGAAGGCAGAGGACGCAGCGAGGGCAGCUUCCACAGCGGCUGCAGCGGCUAACAGAGGCCCGGUCCGGAACAGGGUCAUCAGCAGUAUCCCUGCUGUGGUGUCUAAGGGGGCGGAUUCGGACCUCAAACCUGGCUGCCUCCUGGUGCUAGUGUCGUCUGUGGAAGUGCGAGACACAAACUGCACACUGCUUCACCGCUUCGAACGCAGUGAGGUGGACGAGAUACGAGUGCACAGCCCCUAUGAGGUCAGCAUCAAACAGAGGUUCAUUGGGAGGCCAGAUAUCUGCUUCAGGCUGCUGUCGGCCAAGAUGCCCGAAGCCAUGGCGGUGCUGGAAAUGCAGUAUAAAAAGAAAGUGGAAUUUAGCCCUGAAUACAACGUGUUCAAAGCAACUCCUGUCACAUCUCCAACUGACCCACAGGGGGCGCUUCAAGGUCCACUCCGGGGCCAGGGUUCGGAGUUGCCUGGGGAGGUCCCCGCUGGAGGAGGACUGUCCCAGCUGCAGGUGCAUGUCCAGCACCAAAGUGUGAGCCAGGAGGAGGCGCAGGAGCUCAAACAGAUGCUGCAGCAGUUGAAAAGUCUGGUCCUGGAGGCGGAGACGGAGCUGGAGAGGCAGGAUGAGGUCCUGGAUGUUCUGACCAACUCAGCAGACAGGACCACCAUGCAGAUAGGCAAGCACACCAGCCGCAUCAAGAGACUGCUCUGAACCAAGCCCAGAAACUCUCUGAAACAAACCCAGAAACUCUCUGAACCAAGCCCGGAAACUCUCUGAACCAAGCCCGGAAACUCUCUGAACUAAACCCGGAAACGCUCUGAACGAACCCCGGAUAUGCUGUCCUAGUGUAGAGGUGUUUACUCGUCCAUAUGUGAAGGAUUAAGGGACUUUGUGGGUUAGAAAGGCAAAGAUUUCUGGAUCUUGCUUAAAGCCUACAAUUUAACAACCACAUGUCUAUUUAGUAAGUAAGUAAAAUAAAAUAUAAUAAUUAAAGGGGCACUAUCUACAUUUUCUGGUGGAGUGUCUGCCGCCUGCUCGUCUCAACAGAUGUUUUCCCAUUGCCUAAAAUGUUCGAGAGUAUGAUCUUAAUACAUAUUAUUAACACAAAAUUGAGCUUUUAAUAAUGUUAUAGCCUUGUUUCCUCACAAAACUAAUUUCCCAGUAUUGUUAUAUCAGACGUAGAGACCCCGUGCAGUCCAGGGUCCAUAAAUCAAAUGGCGCUCCUCACCUUUGUGUGCUUACAUCGACAUGUCGGCCAUUUUUAUCAUUAGAAAAGAUUGUUUUCCACAGGGUCAUUCUCUCUACUGCCAGUAGAUGGAGCGCUACACCUGAUUUGAGUAUGGGGAGGCCAAAGCUGGAAAAUAAUGCCUCAUUCCAAAGCCAUUAUUUUAAGUUUUAAAAUGUGAGAUACCAAAGCAAAUGUACUCAAGAGCAAGCUCAACAACAAUGCUAAUUCUGUUGUUGUUGUUGUUGUUCUUUAAACUUUAAACGUUUAACAUUUAUUUAUUUAUUUUUCCAAUUAGAGAUAUUUUGUUUCUCAAAAGUAUCUUGAAAACAUGCAUUCUCACUGUAAUCGAAGUCACCUUUGUACAGCUCUGAUCUGUAACUCAGCCUCGGGACAUCACCUGCUUAUAUCCACCGAGACAGAUAAGUUUAAUGUCAUACUGUGGAAUAUCACAGAUAAUGCCAUUGAAUUAACAUGGAGAGAAGCAGGUGGAGGGCCCAGUAUCAGUCACAUAUUGCAUCUUAAUGGGUUGAUUAGACUAGGUAUGAUUCUAUUUCUUUGUCUGGGUCAAAGAUGAACUGCCUUAUUGGGAGAGGGGGGCAAUAUUGACCAAAACCUGUAAAAGUCUUGGUUGAGGUUCCAGUAUCACAUAAAAAAAAAAUUGACUAAGUUUAUUUAAUUUUUGCUGUUUUUUAAAAAAAAUAGUUUUAUAUAUUUAAACUUAAACUCAGUACUCUGACUUAGAAUAAACAAAAUUUGUUUGGAUCUCCCUCCAUGUUCAGAGACAACGGCUGAUAAUCUGCCUUCGGAUCAUGAUUACAACAGAAAUGAGGACUCUGUAUGCACUUGCUUUUUUAUAUGAUUAAUAUAUAUAGACACGAUAUUGUCAUUUAUACGCCAGGUUUUUCGUUCAAGUCAAUCAUGAAGUCACAAUAGCAUCCAGGUAAUCAUUUCAUAAAGCUGUGGUCUGAUCUGAGCGCCCCUCUGAGCACAUGCUGCUGACAUUUAAAACAGAAAAAAAUCCCUUUUUCAACUUUUUAUAUUUAUUUAAUUUGAUUUCAAUAUCAGAAAAAAAAGCUUUUGGUUUGACUAAAGCCGGAGAGAUUACCUGUGCACUUUUGAUCGGGUUGAAUUUGACGGUUUGUGUUCGCAGGGGAGACGACAGGGGGGACAAAGGGGUCUGUUGUCCCAGGCCCCAGGGUCUUAGGGGCUCAGAAUUAGACCCUCUUCCUAUUCAUUUGUAUUGGAGGAGGGGUCCAUGUGAGGUUUCUUGCCCCAAGCCCCCAAAUAUUUGUCAAAAUUGCAUUUUUUAUACAUUUCUGUUCUGUAAAUAAGGAACAAUCAUACUGUCUCAUAACUGUUUCCGGGUCGUCACCUGAAUCGUUUGCCUGUCCACAUUUCACUUUGCAAUACUGUCAAAUAUUGAAAUUCUGUUAAGCGGAAAUACUAUACAAGCCUUGUGUAUUGUCUCUAGGCUUACAGCACCUUACAUUUGAUACCAAGUCACAUCCAAAGAAGGUUUUCAUGUUGUUCAUGUGCGAUGCCAUUCACCGUGUGCCACAUGCUUAUAAUGAUAAAUUAACUCGUGCUAACUGCAUUUAUCUAUGUGUUGGAUGUUUUGGUUGUUUACUUCACUGUUUUUUGCCUGUACAUACAAAUAAAAUAAAUAAAUAGCGUUU